AUGUUACUUCUUCAGGUGAUCAUAUCAUUCUUGAUCGCCCAGGUCUGGGCCGUGAAAGUCGAAAUUGACGUGACUGAAGUCCCUUCUGUCUGUUCCCAGAAAACCACUGUCGGUGACCACGUCCAGGUCCACUACAAAGGUGCCUUGGAAGACGGCACUGUUUUCGACUCUUCCUACGGAAGACAGCCCAUUGGCUUCGAGAUCGGCGCUGGCAGGGUCAUUCCUGGCUGGGAACAGGGUCUUUUGAAGAUGUGCGUUGGUGAAAAACGUACCUUGACCAUUCCUCCAGAACUAGGCUACGCUAUGCGCAGAUUCACCAAGGCGAUUGAGGAUUUCUUGUCUCUGAACAAGGACUUUGCUGUGGUCUAUCUGUCUUCCAGAACCCCACUAGUGCUGCGAGAAACAUCCAGAAUAUGUGUGCUUGACUCUUCCUUCAACCCACCCCAUUUAGCCCACUAUGCCUUGGCCCGGGAGGCCUUGAACUACCGUUUUGACGAAAGAUGCCUUGAGGAAAACCAAUUGCUGCUUCUUCUUCUUUUGCUGGUGAAGAAUGCCGAUAAGGUGGACCCGGAGCCGGCCUCGUUUGAACAUAGGCUCUCCAUGAUGUACCUCUUGGCUAACUACUUGCAUGAGAACCUUCGGGUCGACGUGAGCAUUGGCAUUACCAACCAUGCUAAGUUUGUGGAUAAGUCGGUUUCGAUUUUUAAUUACGUAAGAGACCAUCUGCCUCCAGAUCAGCAUGUCAAGCUUACCUUUUCGGUAGGCUUCGACACCUUGAUUCGUAUUUUCGACCCCAAGUACUACUUGCCGGACAAGUUACUGGACUCUCUUAAUGAAUUCAUGAAAACAACUGACAUUUUCUGUUUGACAAGACAGGAUAACGUCAACACGUACCAGAACCAGGUUGACUAUGUGCGCCGGAUUCGCCAUGGCAAGAUAGCCCAUAUCCCACAGGCCUGGUCGGAUUCUGUUCACAUUUUUAGUUUUGAAAACCAGGCAGAUAUUGAUGCUUUGGGUGCUGUAAGCUCCUCGGCGGUUCGCCAGGCUAUCAAAGACUACAUUUUUGAAAACAACUUGUAUCAGUGA